GUCGUCCCGGAGUUUACGGGCGUGUUCGGCUGGCUGCAAGCCGACACUGUUGCAGCUGUUUGGACUGCUGCAGCUGCAAUCCAUAGAGAGAAAAAUACUGUAGAAGCCGCAGCCGCAGCCGGAUUGCAGCCGCAGCAAGCCGCAGCGAACAAGCUGUACGCCUUCUGCUUCCCGGUCGUUUUCGACAAACGGCGGCUUCUCCUGCUGGUCGCAUCUCUCUCUCUCUGUUCCCGUCCCAGAUGGCGAGGGUCGCCACUGUUGUCGAUCCACUCAUGUCCACCACUCUUUUAGCUGGAGGAGUACAGCGGCACAGUGCGGAGGCGCCACUCUCUACGAUCCUUCCAUAAGUGGCAACACGAGCCUUGCCAUCAGGGUCCUGGAAAUCCGGCAAGAAAAGGAGGGGCAGGGUCCUUUCGUGGCACUGGACUCGUCGCACGUACGGCACUGGCUGGCCACCCGUGGACGUGGCGUAGUAGUGGUGGGCUAGUGGCCGCCCGCCGUAGGACGGUGGGGUGGGGGUAGCUGGAAGAAGAUCCGAGGCAGCUGCCAGUGGUUUCUGUAACAUGCAGCCGCAGCAGCAGUAACUAGUGAGCCCUACCAGUACCAGUGCCUGCGCUGUGCUUGGGGGUCAGGGACGGCCAUGUGCCUUUCUGCCAUGCCAUGGUGGUUGUGGCUGCGGAGGAGGCAGCCCGCAGCCAGAGCCCAGAGCCAGCAGCCAGCCACUGCAGAGCGAUGGACAGAGAGAGAGAGAGAGAAUGAGAGAUGGAUGCAAAAGCAAAACAAAAGGCCGGCCAUAUCGCGCGUACUGUACUGCUGUGUCGAUAAUUGGGGGAGUCUUGUCUUCCUCAUCUGCUCCCCUUUCCUCGCCGCUCUGCCUCGCCUUUUGGGUUUCUGAGAGGCGCUGCGCUGGUUUGCCUUCCCCACUGCUCGCUCUGCCGGUCGCCGCCGUGGAAGAGCUACACCACGACGAGACACAGGUUCUCUCGACCCGUCAUCACCCACAGCGAGGUGAGAUUCUCGCUAAAAGAUCGGGCGGACGGAGGGCGUGGCGGCGGUUGCCAGUUACCUGCUGCCACGAUGCCGCCGGAGGCCCGGAGUUGCUGUUGACGACUUGGCGAUGCUGUGGUUUCCAGGCUGAGCGGAGAGGAGACGAAGAGAGGAACAGGGUACACAGAUCUCAAGAAGCUCCAUGAGGGCGAACCUGUGCCCCGGCGCGCGAGGCUGAGCUUCUUGCACGCUGCGCCCACCCCGAGCUCGCCGAUGCGCCGCCGCCGCAGCAGCCGCAGCCACGGCUGUCCAGCCGGCGUGCUGACCUGACGCGGACUGACCUAGACGCAGGUUGCCCUGUCCGUUCCCUUUUUUUUCUGAGUUAGCCGCUUCGGCAGGCAAGUAGGACGAGGAGCAGCAGCUCAGAUUUCGGAUCCUGGCACUGGCAACUGGCAUGGGCUCGUUUGGGAUGGACAUGGACUGGAACCAGAAGGCCUCCGUGCUGCUGUGGGACUGGGAGAACCUGCCGCCCGCAGCCGCAAACGGGAGCGAGAGCCACAGGACGACCGCUGCCGCGCCUCAGUUCGCGGGCCUUGAGGCCACAGGGCAUGAACCGGCGCCUUCUUCCGUAUCCUCGUCAAUCCAUUCUCUGCCCAGUGCCAAGGGGAACAAGAACAAGAACAACAUGGAGCUCAUCAGUUUCGCACCUGCCAAAGCGCCCGACAAGGACACUGGUUCGGUGCUCAGCAGCGGAGAGCCGGUGGUGCUAGGCCUGAAGCUUGGCAAGAGAACGUAUUUCGAAGAUGGUUGUGGACUAGGGCAGAGCGGCAAGAGUUCGGCGGCGUUAGGCACUGCCAGUGCAGCGACCCCUCCGGGUCCUGCGAAGAAGGCGAAGGCGGCGGCGGCGGCUCCAACCGCGCAGCAGCAGAAAUCGUACUGCCAGGUUGAAGGCUGCAGGACCGAUCUGUCCUCUGCUAAAGACUAUCAUCGCAAGCACAGAGUCUGCGAGCCCCAUUCCAAGGCGCCCAAGGUGGUCGUCGCUGGCCUGGAGCGGCGCUUCUGCCAGCAGUGCAGCCGGUUCCAUGGACUGGCCGAGUUCGACCAGAAGAAGAAGAGCUGCCGCAGGCGACUCAACGACCACAACGCGCGCAGGCGGAAGCCCCAGCCCGAAGCGCUCCCUUUCGGCUCAUCGAGGCUGUCGGCGAUGUUCUAUGACACGAGGCGCCAGGCGAGCCUCCUGUUUGGUGAAGGUCCCUACGGUCAGAUGAGAAGCUGUGCGAGUUCUUGGUGGGAUAGCCCAGGAGCAGGAGGAGGAGGCUUCAAAUUCGCGGAGACGAGAGGAGCUCCUUGGUUGAAGCCGGCGAGAGCUGCUGCUGAUGGGCUGCUGCCUUUGUCAGGUCAGCAGCAGCAGCAGGUGUGGAAUGACUCGAUUCCGCAUGUUGCCCAUCAGGAGGAUUUCGAUGGGUUCACGGUCACGGCGUUCAAAGGAAUCAGUCCAAAGACCCUUGAUCAUCAAGAUGCAUCUUUUCAGGCGCAGGCGUUGAAGCCUGUGCGGCCGUCUCCAGCCCGGACGGCGCCCCGGACCUUCAGCGUGCUCUCUCUCUUCUGUCAAACAGUCCGGCCGGUGGCGGCGGCACCAACACCAACCACCCGCCGCCGCCGCCGGCGGCUGAGCUGCACCACCACCGCGCUGCCCCGAGCAGCUGCCUCGCCGCCGGCUCCGUCUCCGUGCUGCAGGAGGCCUCGUCGCCGGGGCUGUGGCAGGACGGCGGCGGCAGCGCGGCCCUGGGCCACCACGCGCACGCGCGGCUCCAGGCUCUCGACGCCGCCAUGGCGACGGCGCAGGAGCUCCUCCAGCUCCCCAGGCCGCCGCCAUCGUACGGCGGCUCCUCGUCCCACUACGACCUGAUGCGCUGAUGCUUCCUUCCUUGUGGAUUGUGGUGGAGAACUGGAGAUGGAGCGGGAGCGCCGCCGUGCCCCCGGUUGGCGCGUGGAAAUCAGUCAGACGUGGCUUCUGUGGCGUCGUCUCUGCAACGCGGGAGCGGGAUUUUGCUUGUGUUCUGAACGAACAGAAAAUAAUAAAAAAGAAGAAGGCCUUGUCGCCAUGGGAACUCGUGGAGGUCGCCGGUAGAGCUGCGCGCGCUUGAAUAAUCCACGGUUUUGUGACGCUAGCAGUUGAAGUUCUAUUGAUUUGUGCAAUGUAAUAACUUGGUUGCUUCGGAAGAGUUCUAUUGUCAUCUUUAAUGGCACCAUUAGUUCAAUCUAA